GUGCACCCUGAGGAGCUGGACGUGUCGCUGGACCUCCACACAGCAUGCUCCAUCGGCCAGUACGACGUGGUGGCCGAGUCCAUCAGCAGCCAGCAGACAUCCACAGAAGAGCGCGUUUUAACCUGCCUUUGUAAAACUCGGAAUCGAGGUCAUUCAGUCAGACCAGUAGGGGUGAAUUCCGCAUUGAUAUGCACAGGCGUGAGGGAGAGAGACAACAGGUGCAGGAAUAUUCAGCACCAGAGGGGACAAAAGAAAGACCAGUGGUUUGUGAUGGAUGAUGUGCUCCUAGUGUAAGGAUAAUCUUGGUUCCGGAUGUCUUUCUGGAAGUACGAGUCCUGGAAAUCCCUGCAAAAAGACACAAGGCAGGGUAGGAUGUGCUCUCUCUCUCUCUGUCUGCCGGGAGAAGCAGAGACGGAGAUGCGCUUUCUGCUCUCCAGAAAGAAAUACAGUAGGAUUAGACAUCCUUCCGUUUCUACACCUGCUCGAAUCAGAGCUGUCAAUCCUACUGGGGAAGAGGGGGAUAAAAUAGACUUGAGCUGCAGUACAUGAUCGUCUGAGAAAAGGAGAGCGGGAGGUGGACCUGAACGGGAAGAAUCGGGGCGGCUGGACGCCCCUGAUGUACGCCGCCUACAUCGGGCACGACAACAUCGCUAACCUGCUGCUGGAGGCGGGGGUCAGGGUCAACGCCACCACGGCCAAGGGGCAGACGCCCCUCAUGUUGGCGGCCAGCUGCGGCAACGAGAGCAUCGCCUACUUCCUCCUGCAGCAAGGAGCAGAGUUAGAGCAGAAGGACAGGAGGGGGUGGACAGCCCUGUUCCACUGUACCAGCACUGGACACCAACAGAUGGUCAAGUUCCUCCUGGACAACAACGCUAAUGCCAAUGUCAGGGAACCCAUAUCUGGCUUCACUCCCUUAAUGGAAGCCGCUGCAUCCGGCCAUGAAAUCAUUGUCCAGUACCUCCUAGAACAUGGGGUGAAGGUGGAUGAAAGGAAUGCCAAGGGAGAAACGGCCCGGGCUCUUGCCAUGCUGUACGGGCACACCAAAAUCGCCAGCCUCAUCGACAUGCACCUGGUCGCCAUGCGCCCCAAGCCAGGGCACUUCGAAGACCUCAGCUCGUCGGAAGACUCUGACAGCGCCCCCCGCAGGCCGCGCCCCAGCCGCAGCAAGGUCAAAGGGCCCAGCAUCCACGAUGGUCCCCAGGCCAUCGCCAAGUUCCGAGUUCCAAGCAGACGCUGCGAGCCCACUGUGGCACUGCCUGGGUACGUCACCUUCCACAACGAAGGGGAGCAGAGCGACGGCCUCCGCAACCGCGAUGUCACCUCGCCCAUCAACGAGCUGGACGUCCAGAGCAACAGCAGCAGAGAGGAGAGCCCGUUCUUCGACAACGACAUGCCCACCAUGCGGAGCAGCGGCAGCAGCAGCGAGGGGAUCCCGGGCCUGCUUGGGCUCAGCCGGGACGGCUCCCUGGAGAGCAACGAGGACUCCGAUCGGGCCAAGAAGAGCUCCACUCGCCGGCUCAGCAAGGGCCACGACAAAAACAAGAGCCGCAGCAGCAGCAGUGAGAGCCCGCGGCCCGCCGGCGCCGGGAACUGUGGACCGGGCGUCCCGGCCAGCCAAGCUCCGGCCUACACGGGACCCAAGGACCUGGCCGAGUUCCUGGAGCAGUUCGGCUUCUCCCGAUACCUCCCCCUGCUGGAGGAGCAGGACAUCGACCUGCGCAUCUUCCUCACCCUCACUGAGAACGACCUGAAGGAAGUGGGCAUCACGCUGUUUGGGCCCAAGAGGAAGAUGACGUCGGCGAUCGCGCGAUGGCACAGCAGCGCCCCGCCCCCCAGCGAUGCCCUGGAGCAGGCGUACGCCGACCAGCUGGAGGCCGAAAUGCAGGAGAUGGCCAUCCAGCUGCACAAGAAGUGCGAGGAGCUGCAGCUGCUGCAGGGCCAGGUGUCCCAGGAGCGGGAGCUGCGCACUGUGAUGGAGAGCUGCCUGAUGGACGACAAGAUGGCUUGGAGGAGAGUUCACAAGGAGCUGCUGGACACUCGCGAGCUGAUCCAGGAGACCGGGAGAGCCCUGCAGAAAGUGCAGGCCGGCGAGGCGGAGCUCGUCUCCCGACUGCGGACGGACAGCGUCAUCGGGCGCUGCCUGGAAGGCCGCGCGAGAGCGAGGGUGGAGACGGGAGGUAAAGGCGGCGAUGUAUGCAAGGAGGGCCUGAAGUCUCUCAGCCUGUCGGAGCUCACUGCCAAACUGGAAGCCUAUCACGAUGAGAUGGGGAGAACAAUGCGCAUGAUAUCCGAAGGCCUGGAGAGACUGACUGAAACAGAGAAGGCCUGGGCACACUCCUAGCCUAGGCUGUUGUGUUCAUGAUGGCCAUUCCUGACGGAGGGUGACUGUGCCACCCUAGACAAGCUGGGACAGGGCGAGGGGUUCGCCAGCGAUCAGACAAGCGGGCAGGAGGGCAGACGCCCCCAGAUGCCUGUGCUCCUGACACGAAUAGGCCGGGACACGAAAGAGGCCACGUCAGGCAGGAGGAGAGGGCAGCCGAACGAGCAUCGGAGCGAAUACGAAUCUGUCUGAAGAAAUCCCGUGAGGCAGUGUUCUUCGUUUUCAAAUCGCAGAAACAGCCUUUUGCUACAAAUGAAAUCCAUCAGAGCAGGAACCUGUGAGCACACUCAUAAAGUUUCGGGUUCGAACAAGACCGAAGGCCACCGGAUAUAAGAAAAUACAAGAUUGUGGGGCCUCCCACCUGGCCCAACUGGGAAGGGCACUCGGCUGAGUGCGGGAUGAGCUUGAAGGUUACGGGUUCGAGGCUGGGCCAUGUCAUUGGCCCACUGUGAACAGGAUUCCCCAGGUGGCUCAGCUGAGCCCUGCUGGGGGUAGGAUUAUUUAGCGAGGGCUGUCUCGGCUCUCAGCUCAGGGGGGAGGUUGAGUGAUCCCCCCCCCUGCUGAAAGAUAAGCACACAACCGGCUCUUCCAAAGUCGGUGGGUUUCACAAAAAAAAUGCAAAAAUGACAAUGCUAAAAUUAUUUUUUACUUUAUUUUAUUAUUUUAAAUUUAAACAAUUUAGCAAUUCAUCGUUAAAAGUGCUGGACAAUGGUCCAUAUUCUCCUUUGUGCUUAGGGAAAUGGGAUGUGGGACUUUUUUUAAAUCUUGUUGGAACAAAAGAAACUGACUAUUCUUACCAAAUGAUAUCCCAGUCUUUCCACGAUUCUCUCGCAGACCGAAACUACUUUUGUUGGGUGGAAGUGGAUAUUUCACCGCGAACACUUCUCUAGGUCACAUUGUUCAUGGCUCUGCUCUUGGUUAUCAGGGAGUUGUGGGGUGGGUUCAAGGGCCAGUAUUAAAUUAACCUCACGAAGGGAAUCCAGUGCUCGUGGGAAAUUCUGGAGGGUCCAGAAGUCCACAGGGAUACAGCAGCGACUGCUGCAGGUCUGCACUGAUAUACUCAUCCUGAGAGAGGCCUCUGUGGACCAGAAACAGUUUAACCUGCAACCAAAAGAAGACUUUUAAACACCUCUGCAGCAAGUAAUAGGAUCCCUUCACCUUUUUUUUUUUUACUCUGUUGCUUCAUUUAAAUCAUUCAGUGCAUGACCUGAAAAUCUUCAAGCAGAUACCUCAGUUCGCCUUAGAUCUUACUCUUUCAGUCCGACGAUUGUGAUUGCUUUCCGUGUAUUGGUUUUUCUGUACAAAAGCCAAAUAUCUGUUGUAGCUGAUUAAAAACCAAACAUUUCUACAA